UGCAAGUGCGACGUGUUUGUCAACUUCAUAAAAAUUGAAUAACUGGGCCCGUGUACAUUAUUUUUACAGGUGUUUUACGAACAAACAGAAUUUGUUCUUUUCGUUUUGCUUUUGGUUGAAUUUAUCUUCUGUUUUUCCUGUUUAACUUUUGCCAUUCUGAAUUUAUUAAAUAUGAGAGGCUCGACCGAAAAAUAUCCAUAAUUAUUAUCGCAUUUUUCGUUUCAAUUCAUCACAUCAGUUUCAUUCAUUGAGCGAAGCAAAUACCAUCAUUAGCCAGAUGCGAUAAUGUGCAAAUUGUUUUUUUUUAUUCGGACGAGUCAACUAGCGAGAUGUAACUAUAUAAAGAAAUCAGAAUCAAUAGUGAAAAUACUGAAUUUUUUAUUCGAUGUGCGACCGUAAUCAGAUAGAAUCAGAGCAAAAUCAAGUAAAAUCGAGAGAAAAAAAAACUGGCUACUGCCACCGUAGCCGGAGAGUGUAUACACAUACCAUUGUUCAUUCAGUGAAUUUUAAUAAUAAGUGAGACAAUUUUAAAAACUUAAUGCAAAACCAACACCAGCCAAACAAAACGAACGAAAACAUGAGUACACAUGCAGAAGCACGUCAUAGGCAUUAGUAGAACAUUGUAGGUGGAAUAGGAACACGUACAUAAUAAUUCACACAAAAUUGAAUCGACAGAAAAACGCACUGCGCGGCAAACAUGAACAAAUGAAGAAAAUCCAUAGAGCCAAGUGUAAAUAACAUAAACAACAGCAUCAACAUCAACAAAAAAAUACAUACAAAAAAAAAGCCCAACCAAUUUCACGCGUUUUAGUUUUAAAUUCGUAUUUUAAUUUUUUACAACGCAACGCGGAAAAAAAUAACGCGUACAAUUUUUUUUUUCGAGAGAAAAAAAAAGCAUAAUAGUUGAAUACGUAAUAGGGUUUGAUGUUUUUGUUUUCUACUAAAUGCUCAUCGUUUUAAAAUAAUAAUCUAAAGUAAAAUAAAAGGUCAAUUGUGCGCGUAAAGUGAUAGAGAGUAAGUGGUAGAAAGAAGCCAAAAUUAAUAUCCAAUUUAUAAAUGAAAUAAUGACAAAUGUGACACUAUCAAGAAUGUUUCGAGGAAAAGUUCGAUCAAAUACAUGCCGAAUUAUAAUCUUGACAUCUAUCGUCUGGCUGUUAAUCGAUGUGGUGGUGUUGAUGCACUAUGUCGAUUUAUUCAGUUCGAAUACAGGCCGAAGGGCGGGCGAAUACGAAGUUGAGAUUUCACAUGCGCACGCGUCUAAACAAAUCGCACCUGCCGAGGAUGAUGAUCCAAUUGUAGACAAUAAUGAGAUAGACACAAACAACAAUUUAGAUAGUGAAUGGGCCAUUACCAUUCCGCGAACAUAUCGUAUUACUGAAUUAAAGAGAUGGCGUUCGGCACCGAUCGUUCCAAGUGUGUACGGACGACCUGGCGAAAUGGGUAAACCGGUGGUCAUACCGAGGGAACAGCAAGCGCUGAUGAAAGAAAAGUUCAAGGAAAAUCAAUUCAAUUUAAUGGCUAGUGAUAUGAUUUCAUUAAAUAGAAGCCUGUCCGAUGUUCGUAAUCCCGACUGUAAAUUAAGGAAUUACCCAACCAAGUUGCCAACCACAUCGAUUGUGAUCGUGUUCCACAAUGAAGCUUGGACAACGCUUCUGCGAACUGUAUGGAGUGUUAUUAAUCGGUCACCGCGACCAUUACUCAAGGAAAUUAUUCUGGUGGACGAUGCUAGUGAACGCGAUUAUUUAGGCCGUAAACUAGAAAACUAUGUGAAAACAUUACCGGUCAAAACAUUUGUGCUACGCACAGAAAAACGCUCAGGUCUUAUACGAGCUAGAUUAUUAGGAGCUAAACAUGUUACGGGACAAAUUAUCACAUUUCUCGAUGCGCAUUGUGAAUGUACCGAAGGUUGGCUGGAGCCAUUAUUAACCAGAAUCGCAAAAGACCGAACAACCGUCGUAUGUCCUAUCAUAGAUGUCAUUUCAGAUGAUACGUUCGAAUACGUAACGGCAUCCGAUCAAACGUGGGGUGGUUUCAACUGGAAAUUGAACUUCCGAUGGUAUCGUGUGCCUCAGCGUGAAAUGGAACGUAGACAUAAUGACAAAACGGCACCGCUGCGAUCGCCAACGAUGGCUGGUGGCCUGUUUUCAAUUGACAAAGAUUUCUUCUACGAAAUUGGAAGCUACGAUGAAGGCAUGGACAUAUGGGGAGGAGAAAAUCUCGAAAUGUCAUUCAGAAUUUGGCAAUGUGGCGGCAUUUUAGAGAUAAUCCCAUGUUCACACGUCGGCCACGUUUUUCGCGAUAAAAGCCCAUAUACGUUCCCGGGCGGUGUGGCCAAGAUUGUUUUGCAUAAUGCUGCUCGAGUGGCUGAAGUUUGGUUGGACCAAUGGAAGGAGUUCUACUAUGCAAUGAGUCCAGGAGCGAGAAAAGCAUCAGCUGGCGAUGUAAGUGAACGAAGAGCACUUCGGGACCGGCUCAAGUGCAAGAGCUUCCGUUGGUAUUUGGAAAAUAUUUACCCAGAAAGUCAAAUGCCGCUUGACUAUUAUUUCCUCGGAGAGAUCCAGAAUGCGGAAACGCAAAAUUGUUUGGACACGAUGGGUCGAAAAGCAAAUGAGCCGAUCGGCAGCAGUUACUGCCAUGGAUUGGGUGGCAAUCAAGUUUUUGCAUACACAAAACGGCAUCAAAUCAUGUCGGAUGACAACUGCUUGGAUGCGGCGCAUCCAAGAGGGCCUGUGAAACUCGUUCGGUGUCAUGGAAUGCAAGGAAACCAAGAAUGGAAGUAUGACGAAGAGGAAAAAACAAUUAAACACAUCAAUUCGGGUAAUUGUUUAACUCGUGCCACAUCAGAAGAUCCAUCCACGCCGUUGCUUCGACCGUGCGACUACUCUGAAGGCCAACAGUGGCUUAUGAAGACACAAUUUAAAUGGCAAGCAAACUAAAUUCGAAUUUCGAAAUAAAACAACCUAACUCUUACACACAUACACACAUGAGGAAUGAACCGUCUUUUGGUGCUUUAACCCGUAGCGACUUUGACACUUAUCUACAAAAACUUUACUGGGAAUAUUUUAAAGAUUUUUUGUCUGAUAAAAACAAAAAUAAAAAUCCAUAAAAAACCCUCUCUAAAGAAAGAGAUAGCGAGUGAAAUGGAUCAAGUUUAAAGACUAAUGAUUUAUGUCUUCCUUUUUAUAAGAAAUUAUACGAAAAUCUUUCAUAUCCGCUGUUCACUAGUAUAGUUCCGUUCAAAAUUAAAGAGAAACAAAAAAUGAAACAAACAAGAAAAAAAAACUUGUGAAAAACCAUGAGAUAAAACAUUCGAAAUUUACUAUGAUAAGCUAUUGCCACAAGAUGGUUGACAAAUUGUACAGAAGAACAAAGAAAAAUAAAUGAGACAUUUUAGCGGUUAUUAAAUUGGCUCAACAUAGACAACAAACAAAAUGAACAAUCGACAUAGUAUAGUAUUCUAUACGGUAACAUGAUUCAAUUUUAAAUGAGUGCAAACAUGCGAAUUCACCGCUUUAAAUCCAACGAUCAAUCGAUAUAUAUGUAGCAAUUUUAUGAGAAAAUAUUAAACUACAACAAAAACAAUUUCUUAAUUACACAGAACAAAUUGUAUUAUAUUUAAAAGAAAGAGAAAAUUGGUUUGAAAUGACCAAGUUUUUGAGCAUCGUCUCGAAAACUAACUGCAAAUGACUUGUGAAUGAAUUUAAUGAAAGAGACAUGCAUGUUUUACUGGUUUAAGUUAGUUAGAGAAAAGUUUGAAGAAAUGAUUAUUAGCGCAUUCAUUGAUAUUAGCAGAAAGAAAACUUUUCUUUAGACGCUUUUUUUUCUUAUAUCGAUUCUUGGCUUGCAUAGCCAUGUACAACAAUGUUCUGGUGAUGCGUGUCAAUUCACAAUAUAUAUAUAUUGAAUGAAUGUACGAUUAUUGAAUUUUUUUUCCUUAGUUAACAUGGAAUGAGAAGAGAAAUGACACAAAGAAGAGAGAAAAAAGGAAAUGAAAUUUCAUUGACAUGAUUGAAAUAUAGCUGAACUAAACGUAAUGCAUCCAUUUGCUCUAAAUUUUAUUAUAGCAUGAAUAAAAAAAAUUGAAAAUAUGUGAUUACGACGAUUGAUUUACAAUUUUUCUUACGUUAUAGUUUAACUGAAAAAAAAAUCUAUAUUAUGAUAUUGAUUCAAUCCAACGUUUUUUUUUUUAAUAUAAAGAGCGCACAACUGACAAUUGGAGUUGAAUGACGUGAAACGUUUUAACUUUUGAUUGAUUUUUCAUUUGCGAUAAGAAUCGGUUAUGGUUUAUGACGAGAAAGUGGAAUGAAAAUAAGAGAAAAUAAAUAGAGCGUUCAUGUUUCUUUUUCCUCUCUUUUCAUUCUUAUUGCUACAAUAGAUUUGCUUGAUAAAUUACUGUAUAAAUUGAAAUUCAUUGCCAAUAAAUCCUGAAACAAUUUUCUUUAGAAAUACAUACAAUAAAACUCAGUUCCAAAUGGAAAUUCUCAAUGACAAUCGUAACUUUAUUUUUUAUUGGAUUUGCAUAAAUCACUUAUAUGAAUAAUCCAAACUGUCAAACAUUCAGUCCGAUUCCAGCAAUGAAUUAUUAUACUAUUGUUAAAAGCUAUAUCGCAUAUCACAACAAUAACAUGAAUUCGGUGCAAUAAAAAUUAAUUCCAAGAAAUGAUAAAUAAUUUAAACACCUAAGCGCGAUGACACAUGUAUGAAUGCAUAAUUUUGAAGAUAUUUCGAGUCAAAUUUUUAUUAAAAAAAAUAUUAAAAACAAUUAAUGUAAUAAUUACAAAUGUAAAAUAGCCUUGAAAUGAGAAAAAUUAGCAAUUCUAUUGAAAAUAUGAAUGCAAAUUUUCCGUAAAAAAAGAAAUUAAGACAGAAAAAAAUGAUGAUAAUUGAACGAUGAGAAUUCGUUCAUGAAUAAAAUUCGAAUAAAGAUAAAAUAUGCUCAA